AUGUCCCCACCAGACGACAGACCCCUCCGGGCGACAGACGGACCUCGGGUUCGGAGCCGCGGGUUCCCGGUGCGGAGGAUGCGGGGCGGAGGGCCUGAGCUGCCUCGCGCCCCCUCGCAGCUCCGAGCCGCUCCAGGCGCAGCCGAGGCGAGGACCACCAUGUUCAACCAGCAGCAGCAGCUCCAGCAGCUCCAGCAGCAGCAGCUGCAACAGCAGCAGCUGCUCCAGCUCCAGCAGCUGCUCCAGCAGUCCCCACCGCAGCCCCCCCUGCCCAUGGCCGUCAGCAGGGGGCUGCCCCAACAGCAGCCACAGCAGCAGCUCCUGAACCUCCAAGGCGCCAGCCCCGCCUCCCUCCUCAACGGCUCUGUGCUACAGAGAGCUUUGCUUCUGCAGCAGUUGCAAGGUAACCUCCGUGGCUACAACCUGCCAACCCCGAACCUGACGGGCCCCAGCCUCACGGUCCCCCAGCUGGCCACCCCAAAUCUACAGCAGUUCUUUCCCCAGGCCACUCGGCAGUCCUUGCUGGGGGCCCCUCCUGUUGGGGUCCCCAUAAACCCCUCCCAGAUCAACCUUUCAGGGCGGACUCCCCAGAAACAGGCCCGCACCCCCUCCUCCACCACCCCCAAUCGCAAGGAUUCUUCUUCUCAGACGGUGCCCAUGGAAGACAAGUCAGACCCCCCAGAGGGGUCUGAGGAAGUUGUCGAGUCCCGAACAGACACACCAGAAGACCAAGAUUCCCCACCCUGCCCAGAUGGCAUCGCUAAAGAGAAACACACUGUAGCACCUGAGCCCGAGUCUUGUGAGGCAUCGGAGCCACCGGCUAAGAGGUCAAAGAGCCUGGGGGAGGGUACAUAUCCUCAGGUCCAGCCACCAGAGCAGCCACCAGGACAGCCUCCCGUGCAGCCCCCUGACCGGAUUGAGGGGCAGCCUCAGACCUGGCCGCAGGUGUCCAUGCCAGCGUCGGAGCAAGCACCGGUUCCGGUUCGUUCCACGGUGCCGGAGACACCACCAGAUCCGAGAGACGCCGGAGCAGGCCUGAAGGAGGCCUCGCCAGAGCCAGGAGGCUCCCAGGUCAGCGUGGAGAGCCAGGAGGAGUUGACCAGCGGUCUGGAUGUGGGAGAAUGUGAAAAAAGGGCAAGAGAGAUGCUAGGGGUGUGGGGUGCCGGGGGCUCCCUGAAGGUCACCAUCCUGCAGAGCAGUGACAGCCGGGCCUUCAGCACAGUCCCCCUCACGCCCGUGCCGCGCGCGGGUGACUCUACCUCCGCCACCCCUGCCUCCGCCAGCACACCCUCGAAGCAGACCCUCCAGUUCUUCUGCUACCUUUGCAAGGCCAGCUGCAGCAGCCAGCAGGCCCAUCCUUCGCUCUGCUGGCUACAGGAGUUCCAGGACCACAUGGCGGGGGCCCAGCACCAGCAGCGUCUGGGGGAGAUCCAGCACAUGAGCCAAGCCUGCCUCCUGUCCCUGCUGCCCGUGCCCCGGGAUGUCCUGGAGAGAGAGGACGAAGAGCCCCCGCCGAGGCGUUGGUGUAACACCUGCCAGGUCUACUACAUGGGGGACCUGAUUCAGCACCGCAGGACUCAGGACCACAAGAUUGCCAAGCAAUCCCUGCGACCUUUCUGCACUGUUUGCAACCGCUAUUUCAAGACCCCCCGCAAGUUUGUGGAGCAUGUGAAGUCCCAGGGGCAUAAGGACAAAGCCAAGGAGCUGAAGAUGCUUGAGAAGGAGAUCGCCGGUCAAGAUGAGGACCACUUCAUCACGGUGGACGCUGUGGGCUGCUUUGAGGGCGAUGAAGUGAGGUCCAGAGAUAUAUCCAUAGAGGAGUGGAAAGGCUCAGAGACCUAUAGCCCCAGUACUGCAUACGGUGUGGACUUCCUGGUGCCCGUGAUGGGGUACAUUUGCCGCAUCUGCCACAAGUUCUACCACAGCAACUCGGGGGCACAGCUCUCCCACUGCAAGUCCUUGGCCCACUUCGAGAACCUGCAGAAAUACAAGAAGGCCAAGAACCCCAGCCCUACCAGCAGGCCCGUGAGCCGCCGGUGUGCAAUCAACGCCCGGAACGCCCUGACUGCUUUGUUCACUUCUGGUGGCCGCGCGCCCACCCAGCCCAGCACCCAGGACACAGCUAAAACCCCCAGCAAGAAUGCCUCAACCACAACAGCUAUUCAAGGACCAGCUCAAAACGCCUCUUCUAAGAAGCCUUCCCUGGUGUCCACCAGAAACCAUCACUCCCUCCUCCAUGGCCACUCCUGA